AUAAACCCACACCGCCUUACAGAUCUUCAGGGACAUCUCAGUUCUCUCUCUCUUCGACCCAGAGAUCUCCUCUAUCUUCUCGUCCUUUCGAUUCAUCACUCUCACUCUGUUCUUCCCAGUUCUCUUCUUUCUCAGGUUGCCGUCGAGAACAGAAUGAUGGCUGAUAAUAAACCAAGGAUUUCAGAUAAUAUUGACAAAAUUCGAAGAUGCAAGUUCCCUGAUAUAGUUGACUCAACUCAACUCAAGGUUUUACGGUUGCCUGACCCAUUGCCAGCCAGUAAGGUUGUCCACCUGCUCUACACUUAUUCUGGGGUUGCUCUGCUGGCACUUGCCUCUGAUGCCAUUCAUAAGCUCUGGAAAUGGUCGCGUACUGAACAUAAUCCAUCUGGGAAAUCUUCUGCAUCUACUAUGCCACAGUUGUGGCAACCUGCAACUGGGAAUCUUAUGACAAAUACUUUGAGUGACACUAAACCAGCUGAAGAGUCAGUUGCAUGCAUUGCAUUAUCUAAAAAUGAUUGUUAUAUCAUGUCUGCCUCUGGUGAGAAGAUCUCUUUGUACAACAUGAUUGCAUUUAAGGUUAUGAAAAAUUUCAUGGGUCCACCUCCUGCAACAACCUACUUGGCGUUCCAUCCGCAAGAUAACAAUAUCAUUGCUAUAGGAAUGGAGGAUUCUACCAUUCUUAUAUUCAAUGUUCAGACUGACGAGAUAAAAUCCAUGCUCAAGGGUCACCAGAAACGAAUUACGGGGCUCGCAUUUUCCCAGACUCUAAAUGUUCUUGUGUCAUCUGGGGCUGAUGCACAGCUAUGCGUCUGGAACAUUGAAGGAUGGGUGAAGAUGAAUUCAAGGCCCAUACAAGCACGACGGGGCUACCCAUCUCCCCUGGUUGGAGAAACUAAAAUUCAAUUCUGUAAUGAUCAAACCCACCUACUAGUGGUUCAUGAAAGCCAUAUUUCUGUUUACAAUAUCCAGCUCGAAUGCUUGCAAUCAUGGCAUCCCAGGGGUUUCCUUUCUGCUUCCAUUUCGAGUGCAACAUACUCAUGUGAUGGUCUGCUAAUCUUUGCCGGAUUUCGUGAUGGUGCUAUUGGAGUUUUUGAUGCAGGCAAUUUCAGGCUUCGAUGUCGGCUAGCACCAUCUGCUUAUACAUCUUCACCCAUUGCCAGAAGAAGCAGUGGCUGUGCCUUUCCUGUGGUUAUUGCAGCACAUCCAUCUCAACCUAAUCAAAUCGCGCUUGGAAUGAGCGAUGGUGCAGUCUAUGUAAUCGAGCCAUUUGAUGCAGAGCAAAACUGGGGUCGAAUAGUGCCUCAGUAAAAUGAAGGUUUUCCCCUUCAUCCCUUAGAAUCUGCUUUGAAUAGUCAGCUAUCUGAAACCCCGUGCUAGGGAUAUUUGCCGUUUGUAAAUUUAUAUAUCCAAUGCUGUUAUAGGUUUUUUUUUUUUUUUCUUUUUUAAACAAUUCUGAGUUCUACACAUCGUUGAAUCAUGUGAACUUCUCGAGGUAUGAUCAAACGAUUGUGAGUCAAAUAAGAUAAAGGGUUAUAAGUUUUCCGGGACAGGAGAUCAUUUCUGAAGCAUAAAAGAGUUUUUUUUAUGAACAAGGGAAUUUGGAAGUUAUGGUGUCAAAUAAAAUUAUAUGACUAAUUUAAUCUCUGCCAUUAUGUGAU